AUGGAGGCUGAACUCCAGGCGCAGAUUCCGGGCCUGGACCGUGUUAUCUCGGAAUACUCGGUGGGCUACCUGACUCAUGCCUCAAACCUCUAUGUCGAAGACGUCAAUGCCCCUUCUCCCCUAUCUGAGGCAGCCGAAAAUGUGACGGAGCUGUUGGUUUCUGCCUCCGGAGACUUCACUUCUCAGAAUCGCGACGCAAUUGGCAAUCUGGUCGAAAAAUUCAUUACCUCGCUGAGCUCCUCCAAUGGCAUAGAUGCAGAGAGGAUGCAAAUGCCUUUUAAGGCCAAGAAACUUGACCAGGCCAUCAAUGUCGGUGCUCAGCGGAAUAUGUCUUCCACCCUGGGUUUGACGGGAGGCAACGUGGACCUGGAGUCUGCAAAUGCCAGAAAGGUGGAGUCGCGCGUGGACAAGAAGAAGCUUGAAAAGGCCGAGCGCAAGAUUCGGGCCAAGCAGGAGAAGAAACAGAUGAAGACCGUUACCUACGAGGCCUCUCGCCUCCUCAACCAACCAGACGAGACAAUGAGCUACGAGGAGUUCUUUAUGGCCGUCAACCCCCUGCAGUUGGGAUCGGAAUCUCAGUCCAAGAGCAAAGAUAUCAAGCUAGACAAUAUCGACAUUACUAUUGGGGGCCAGCGCAUCUUGACAGACGCUGCGUUGACCCUCGCCUAUGGUCGUCGUUACGGUCUUGUGGGUCAGAACGGUAUCGGUAAGAGUACUCUGUUGCGGGCCUUGAGUCGCAGAGAGGUUCCCGUUCCGCACCACAUUUCGAUUCUACACGUCGAACAGGAGAUCACUGGCGAUGAUACUCCAGCCCUUCAAGCGGUCUUGGAUGCCGAUGUGUGGCGGAAGCAUCUUCUCGGGGAACAAGAAAAAAUUUCCAAACAGCUGGCUGCUAUCGAAGAAGAACGGUCAGCGAUGGCAGACACAUCCAAAGAUGCUGCCAGACUGGAUCAUGAAAGGGAAGGCUUGGAUAUAACCUUAAGCGAUAUCUACUCCAAGCUCUCUGAGAUGGAAUCUGACAAGGCUGAAUCUCGCGCAGCCAGCAUUCUGGCCGGUCUUGGUUUCUCUCAAGAGAGGCAGCAAUAUGCAACCAAGACCUUUUCCGGAGGUUGGCGAAUGCGUCUGGCAUUGGCUCGAGCUCUGUUCUGCGAGCCUGAUCUCCUUCUUCUGGACGAACCGUCGAACAUGUUGGACGUUCCCUCCAUUACCUUCUUGGCCAAUUACCUCCAGGGUUACCCAAGCACCGUUCUUGUGGUCUCUCACGAUCGUGCAUUCUUGAAUGAAGUUGCCACUGAUAUCGUUCAUCAACACUCUGAGAGAUUGGACUACUACAAGGGAGCUAACUUUGAAUCAUUCUAUGCAACCAAGGAAGAGCGGAGGAAAAUGGCCAAGCGCGAGUACGAGAAACAGAUGGCGGAGAGAGCUCAUCUGCAAGCCUUUAUUGAUAAAUUCCGAUACAAUGCCGCCAAGUCGUCGGAAGCCCAAUCGAGAAUUAAGAAGCUUGAGCGCAUGCCGGUUCUUGAAGCCCCGGAAAGUGAAUACGUUGUGCACUUCCAGUUCCCUGAAGUCGAGAAAAUUUCGCCCCCUAUUGUUCAAAUGACGGAAGUCUUCUUCGGCUACACCAAGGACAAGCCUCUUCUGAAGGAUGUUGAUCUGGAUGUCCAGUUGGACUCGCGUAUUGGCAUUGUUGGGCCGAACGGUGCCGGUAAAACCACGGUGCUGAAACUUCUCACCAAUCAACUGCAGCCGACGAAGGGUUUGAUUUCAGCGCACUCGAGACUGCGCAUUGGGUUUUUCGCUCAGCACCACGUUGAUGCUUUGGACAUGACCACCAGUGCUGUGAGCUUCAUGGCGAAGACUUAUCCUGGCAAGAGCGACGAGGAGUACCGAAGACAUCUGGGCGCGUUCGGUAUCACUGGUACGACUGGUCUCCAGAAGAUGGAGUUCCUGUCUGGAGGUCAAAAGUCCCGUGUGGCAUUUGCAUGCCUGUCCUUGACUAACCCGCACAUCCUGGUUCUUGACGAACCUUCUAACCACUUGGAUAUUGAGGGUAUGGAUGCUCUUUCUGAUGCUUUGCAGAGAUUCGAGGGAGGUGUGGUGAUGGUGUCUCACGACGUGACGAUGCUGCAAAAUGUCUGCACCAGCCUCUGGGUCUGCGACAAAGGAACCGUGCACAAGUUUGACGGUGACGUUAAGGCAUACAAAAAGAUGAUCAGUGCACAGGCUGAUGAGGCCGGUGUUGUGGCUCGCCAUUAG